GAAACCAGUUGGACGACACAGCACUUGCAUGAGGAUAGCUUCAAAAAUGGCUCAUCAUCAAUUCUGCUCGUUUGGUUUUUGUUUUCUAUUUUUGCUAUUGUGGGACAAUUAUUCGGUCGGAGCUGAACUUCCGUUGGAAGAACAAUUACGGGAAUUGAGGGAAAUUUACAUGCAAUUUAAGGAAACCAUGGAGGUGAAAGUUUCCCGGCUGGAAAUGGAAGACGCUCGAUUAAAGGCGCUGCUUGAGCUGAAGGAUCGGCAACAGGAAAUUCUGGCCGAAAAAGUAAGUCGACUGGAAUUGCGAAACGAGCGGGAAACAAGCCGCCAAUUAGCGGGAAGGAGCGCUAUACUCCGAACUUGUCGGGAAAUUAGGGCGGCUGAUCCUUCCACUAGUUCCGACAUGUACUGGAUCGAUCCUGACGGCCAAGGAGUCGGCGAUGACCCGAUUUACGUCCACUGCGACAUGACAUCAGGAUCCACUGCUAUUCCGCACGACAGUGAGGCGUCCAUGGAUGUGGGACACUGCGCUGACCCUGGAUGUUAUUCCAGGGCAAUCAAUUACAAUGCCACAAGUAGACAAAUGUCGGCAUUAGCCGAACUCUCUGCCGAAUGCCACCAGUCAAUCAAAUACGACUGCAAUUUUGCGCCAUUGGAAUUCAAUGAUAUAACCUACGCCUGGUGGAACGACAGAAAUGGAAAUUCGAAAUUUUUCUGGACGGGUGGCAACACGGACGUCCAUACGUGCCAGUGCGGAUUGGAUGGAAAUUGCGUCGAUCCUUCCACCAAAUGCAACUGCGACUCUGCCGCUCCAGUGCUAUUAACUGAUGAUGGUACAAUCACGGACAAAAAUGUUCUGCCCAUCACUCGACUGAACUUUGGCCGAACGCAAUUGGAAACUUCGUCCGGUGUCCAUACACUGGGCCGCUUCGAAUGUACCGGACAAGUGGCCGUCAGUGGAAUGCCAAGUUCAUGUGCAGAUUUGUGGAGGACUGGACACUCCCUGAGCGGAUUAUAUUCCGUCCUGGGAAUAGCAAUGGUCGAAAGUGUUUACUGUAACUUUGCCAAGUUACCUAGUGACUCUGGUUUCCAGACAUGGAUCGGGUUUGAAGAUGUGAAAUCAUCGCCCACUUACUUUUACGUUCAGAUAUAUAACUCUGCAUUCGAUCAACUAAAUGUCCCCAUAAAAUUUGACACUGCACGACUAAACGUGGGAGGAGCCAUGAAUUUAGAAACGGGCAAAUUCACAGCGCCACGGAAAGGCAAAUAUUUUUUCUCGGCAUCCGGACUUGGAACUAUUCCGCCAUCUUCAACUCGAUUUUAUGGUGACAUUUAUAUCGUGUUGAACGGCAUCGCAAUCGGUAAUAGUGCUUCCGAUGACACCGCAAAUACUAACCAAUACGAAACAUUUACCUUGCAAUCGACACUCAAUUUACAAGCGGGUGACCAAAUCUGGUGGGAGAUAGGAUACAUGACGCAAGGAUUUAAAAUUCGCGCCGAAAAUUUUAAUCAUUUUACUGGUUUUCUCUUGGAAGAAGAAAUUACUCAUUCACUGAAAACAUUAUGAUCAAUUCACUCAAUCAAAUUAAAUGUUAUGGCUCUUAUUAUUCAUUUAUGUCAGCCUUUUAUCGAAUACAACUCGUACAAUUCA